AGUUUAGUUGGUUAAUUAGUUUAAGCAAGCAUCAAAGCUAAUACACUUUACAUGUGGCGUCUGACGAGUCACAGAGGAUCCGGAACCUAAGCGACGUCAACAAACACUUGGCGUGGCGCGGUGACAGUCGCCUUGAACAUCCCAUGUCAAGUGAACAGAGUUUGGUAUCAUGGAGGCCAGUGGAAGAGGCCAAGUGGAGAGCAGUACCAAAACUGGGCCCAGAGUGGAUGUGCAAGUGGAGUGUAGAUGAGAGAGGUUACUGGGUGGUGCUGACUGAUGGGUGUGCACUCUGGGGAGAGGCCAGGUCUGCUUCAUCCAUCCAGGACAAGGCAGAGGAGUGGGCAUCUUGCAUUGAGGCAGAGGUGCAGAAGCUGUCCAGUCUUGUGCUGCAGGACCUGGGCCAGAUGAGUGUGAAAGCUCACUGGCAGGGAAGGGAGCAGGUGGUGUUACAUGUCUCCUCAACACUCAUGGACUUGGCCUACAGAUGGGAGUUUGACAUGAAGCGUCUGUGUGAUGAGUUGUUUCAGCAACACUGGGUGUUACCUCUGAUGGUGCAGAUGCACAGCUUAUCACAGAGAGUGAGGCAGCUGACGGCAGAGGUGGAGGUAAAGGCACGCCAGCUUAAGGACCUGCUUCCUGACAACAGCAAACUUGUGAAGUCCCCAAAGAAGAAAGAAGUGAGGCUGGAUAAGAGUGUGGAGGCGGUGGUGGUCGGGGGAGCCUGGAGUGUCCUGCAAGACCACCUGGAGUCCUCUCCCACCAUCAUGAAACACCUUGCUGCACACGGCUCAAGGAUCAUUCCAGAAGAGGUAGAGAAGUCAGGAGACACAGAAGUAAAAGGGCCCACACCGACUGUUACUCCCACCAAAAGAUCAACAGAGGAAGAGAUAGAGGAAGAGAAGCAAAAAAGAGAGAUGUUACAGAGAGCCAAGAUCCAAGAAAUUCAGCAGGCUGCAGAUAGACCUACCAAACAGACCAAAAAGAAGAAACUGAAGCUAUAGCUUGCUGAAAUAUUAUCUUUACAUCGGGGUUUGCUUAUUGUACAUUGAAUAAUAGUAACUAAGCUGGAGAAUCUGUGUUUGGUUUUCAGGUCCAGUUUUCAGAAGGCAGUGGAUGGCAUAGAUUUCUUUUUCUGAGUGAAGGUUUCAUUCAGUGGCCCAUUUUGACAACUAACUGGCCUUCCAUCCAUCCUUUCUUUUUAUUAUGAAAGUCUCUUAAGAGUGGUAAAGUUUUAUGGUUGACAUCUUUUUAUAGUAAAAAUUUUUGUUAUACCAUUUUUUAGUGUAAUUGUCUGUUGUUAUAUGUUGGAAUGUUCAAAUUACCAUGUUUUGAUACAGUGAAUCUUAUCUUGUCUUGCUAUCUUUUAAUGCGGUUGUUUGUUGUAAUAUGUUAUGCCAUUCAAAUCACCAUCUUUUAAUGCACUAGUCUUUGUUUUGUUAUCUUAAUUGAAGUACGUACUUGUUUUCACUCAUUAUUUAUGUUUUUUGGUUCUUGUCUAAGUGAGUACCUAUUUUUAAUGCACAAAUCUUUGUUAUGUGAUCUGAAGUACUACUUAUAUGGUGUUGUUGUGGUGGGGCCUUUAUGUUUGUCUUGUCUUCUUUGGUGACUUGUUGAACUUUCUUGUUUACUCGAGUGUCCUGCCAAGUUUCAGUCUCUGGUGAUGGCUUGUCUUGGGCACUUUAUUGCCACCUUCAGAUAGAUUUUUCAGUAUUUCAUGAUGCCUCACAGGGAAGCAUGACUUGGCUCAAAAAGGUAAAUUACCUCAUGACCUUGUGAUAUCAUGUGAUGUUGUUCAUGAUGAGAUUUUUUACUGCAAUGACCUUUGUUAUGUUGUCUUUUAUUAUGUAAUAAUUUCUUGUGAUAUGAUUUUGUGUCUUUCAGCCUUUAUGACUGUCUUUAAAACAUCAUUAGUUUAUGUUAUAUUUUUGUUAAACAUAUUGGACAUGCCGAUGGCUUUUAGUCAUUAUUGUUAAAACUGUAGAUUUACACAAUGAUAACUUUUCACAAGGAAGAGUGAAAAUGUUCCUGCACAACAUCUCUAAAAUGCAGACAAUAUACUUGAUAUAGCUAUGGCCAUCACUCCUUUAAAAGUAACCACUUUGUGCAAUGAACAUUUCUACCAGUGUUUCUACCUUGGCUAGUAUACUGACAGGAAAUCCUGUUCUUUAAGUUUGUAAAGUACCGUCUGAUUCUUUGUGAUUUCAAAGCUAAUGAUUUUUCCUGUUAUGAUCAACUGGAAUAACACUGUAAAGAAAUAACUAUAUAUUUUGUAUUAAUACCAUUUCUUUAAAUGCAUCUUGUAAGAAA